AUGGAGACCGCGGCAUCGGCUCCUGCUCCUAUGCAGCCACCAGACACCCACGAUUACAAUCCACUUGCGAUAGCGAUGGAAAGCAAUCCUAGAUUCGCCAUGUUUAAGCGAUUCGGAUCUUUGGCCGUGCUUAACCUGAUACAACUCCAGAAAGAGCUAGAGAAACGGAAGUGCAUAAUCGAAGGCAAGAACAGCUCUGAGGAAAAGAAUCAAGCCCUCGAGGACAGCCACCAAUUGCUCACCCAGGCGGCAAAGGUAACGCACAUGAGUUCUCCCAGCCGCAACGACUGGGACGCAUUGAGAAACUUAGAAAAGAGUCAGCGUCCCCCCAUGCCAUGUGAGACGCCAUCAGCCCAUCUGGCGUACGUCGCUCUCGAGAGCCCGGAGUCACGAGGAGGCUCUGAUAUUGGGAGCUGGUUAUCUCCCUGGUUGGCGCGCAUGUACUGGAAGGUGACUGGCUACCGACUUCAGAUUGUGCCUACAGUAACGGAUCUUCCGACCCACAUGAUCAACGAUGCUGACGUCUUCAGGACACUGAGAGAGAUACAGGAGCGCACGGCAUGGGUAUAUGGCCUGGCAGCAUCCGUCGUGGCUGCUCUCGUGCCGUCUUUGACAAUCCUGUGGCUGUACAACGCGCAAAGAACCAUGACGCGCAUCUGGAUCACCAUGGGCUUGACCACGCUGAUCGGCGUAGUACUCAGAGUGGUUACAAAAGCACACGUGUCCGAGAUUUUUGGCAUCACGGCUGCAUUCGCCGCUGUGGAGGUGGUGUUUAUUGGCAGCGCAAACGGCAAUUCCACCGCCGCAUGA